AUGGCCUCGCACGAGACCGCCUCUCGGGCAUGCCAAACCUGUUAUCGGCGUAAGAUCAAAUGCGACAAGGCACUACCGAAAUGCUCUGCCUGCAUCAAAUUUAAACGCCUCUGCGCAUAUCGAGAACCACAAUCUUCCCCUGCUACCUCGAAUGGAGAUCUUUCCGCAAGCUCGUCGACAAAUCCGGAGCUUUCGUUGGAGCAACAUGCAGCUUGCGUAGGUACUUUUCUCGACCAGGAAAUUUCUCAGUGGAGUGUCGCCGGAUUUUCCGACACCAAAGCGCCUUGGAACUCCCUUUUUGCAUUCACGCGUAGCCCCUUCGGCCAAGAUGCCGCCAUCCGCCAGCAUCUGUCCCUAUACUUCGAACGCAUCUCGCCUUGGCUGCCUGUCAUCUCGGACGAGAAGCUCUAUGUCGGACUGCUGAAUCCUUUGAUUACCGCCAGUCCGGAUACGAUCUUCUUGUAUGUGUGCAUUGUAUUGCACACUAAAACUCUGCCUGAAGACCAAGAAGUUCACACGUUUGAGAUGUAUGUCAUGGCUCGGCGAUGCUUGUCCGAGGUGGAGAUUCGGGGAAGGCUGUCGAUGGAGAUUCUGCAGGGGUGUAUUCUCAUAGCAUUGUUUGAGUUGGGGCAUGCUAUAUACCCGGCUGCACUUGGUAGUAUUGGCUCUUGCAGCAAGUAUGCAACGGCCUUGGGGCUGGGCUUCGAGACGAAAGGCCAAGCCUUGACUACGGGAUCUUUCGUGGAUCUUCGCAGCGAGGAGCGAAAGAGGGUCUGGUGGGCUAUAUUCAUUUUGGAUAGAUUCGCCAACCUGGGCAAUCCACAUCAUACUCCGGCUCUUCCUGAUCCUCCACUGGAAGCUGUGCUGCCAAUUCCUGUGAUAGAUGGCGCGAAAGCCGAUCGUUGGAAACGGAAUCCCGAGCAAGUGGUUGCUACGUUGGCUUCUCCGUCAGAAGACCUAGGACGAUUCGCCUGUGUCUGCCAAACAGCGUACCUGCUCAGCUGCGUAUAUCGUCAUGUUGCUGAUGAUACCUCCGACGCUGAAUUCCACGAAAUCGAGCAACAGCAGCUUGACAGCACACUGCAUGCUCAAGUCAAGUAUCAUGCUCGAAAUAUCGGCCCAUUCAACUCGAUCUUAUGUUAUCAGACUGCGUUCUCAUUCAGUGCGUUGAGGAUACUCUAUCCCACAAACGGCAGGACUUACCAGUACGAGAUGGCACAUGGCUCGCUCGAAGAACGAGCGCUUGAGAUAGCUGAAGAGUCUGCAGAAGUCGCAUGGCAGACCGCAAGGUGGUACCUUGACGAGGGCCUCCAAGACUUUACACAUGGAGAUGUGCCCAUCUUUACACUUCCAUGGCUGUACUCGACGGGAGUGUGGCUGCUUGAUCAGAAUCGAAAUGAAGAUCUGUGGCUCAUUCAGCAGACGUUUCAGAAGCUGCAGCAGAAGUGGAGACUAGCUGGGGUGUAUUCGACUUUGCUGGAAGCCCGGAAGGCUAUGGCGAGGAAACGCGGAGUGGAGACGGAAGGCUGUCCGUCAAAACGGGCAUCUGACGGACUUUCGGGCUGGAGGCCGUGA